GAAAAUGUUUGUUACUAGUAUUUUGGAAACAAUUAAUUAUUUAAAAGAUGUUAAAUAAUUACCUCCAAAAAAAAGAUGUUAAAUAAUUAUAAUCUGUCGAUCACAAAAUUGGCGAGAAAAGACCACGCGUAGGUGACGCGCAAGCACUGAGCCGCGAGACGGGCCGUAUUCGGGCCGGGCCCUCCUACGCCUACCCUUACUGACAAAUCUCCGCUCACAGUAACUGUCUUCAAUAUCAAAUCGUUACAACGCCCCUCACCAAUCAAAGCCAUUGGAUUUUUCGUCAAGAAAAAAACCAUGUGGAGAAAUCCAGCUACCAAUUUGUUGAGACGGGCGCUGAGGACCGCCGUUUCCUCUUCCGCUAGCCGUUUAUCCGGCUUCCCGGCGCCCUCGUUCCGCCGCUACUGCGGCGGCGGCGGCGCCACCGUCGGCGACGGCGAUGGGGAAGGGGACAGGAAUGCGAUGACGUAUGCGGAGGCGAAAAGGUUGAUGAGGUUGGUGAAUGUAGGAGCGCUAAAGGAGAAGCUGGGGAUGGAGGACAAGGAGGUGAUCCCCUACGCCGAGCUCCUGGAAGCGUGCGAGAGCAUCGGCGUAGCGAAGUCGGCGGCGGAGGCAGCCGCGUUUGCUCGAGUGCUGGAUGAGGCCGGCGUCAUUUUGCUGUUCCGCGAUAGAGUGUAUCUUCAUCCAGAUAAGGUGGUCGAUUUGGUUAGGAAGGCAGUUCCCCUUGCCCUUUUGCCAGAAGAUGACCCCUGCAAAGUCGAGCUCAAGAAGCUGCAGGAGAAGAAGGAAGAAAUUGAUAUACUGGCACACAAGCAAGUCCGUCGUAUAUUGUGGACCGGACUGGGGAUUGCUGUGGUGCAGGUUGGGCUCUUCUUCCGUCUGACAUUCUGGGAAUUUUCUUGGGACGUGAUGGAGCCAAUUGCGUUCUUCACAACCACAACGGGGCUAGUCAUAGGCUACGCCUACUUCUUGAUCACUUCAAGAGACCCGACAUACCAAGAUCUGUUGAAGAGACUCUUCCUCUCGAGACAGAGGAAGCUCAUUAAGAGGCACAAUUUCGACAUCCAGAGGUUGUUGGAGUUGCAGAAGAAAUGCAGGGUGCCUCAUGAUACAUGUUCGUCCAUCAAGAGACGGACAGGGGUGGAAUUGGAACCAGAGGACCUUCUGCACAAUCGUUGAUACUAUGAUAUUCACCUGCUUUCAUUUUGUCUCUUAAGAAAAAAGUUGUCUCACAAUUAACCAAAAGCUCCAUAAAUUGCAAUGAUUUUUCUCGGGCUGCCUCAGCAGAUAUUUGGAGUUGAGGUUAGAAUUUUCGAUACUUUUUAACUCUAGACCGCAGAGGACUUGAAAGUAUCUUUGCCGACUCUAGUAAUUUGUAUCAGCUUCUGACUAUUUGAGGUCACAUAUAUAUAGUUUUGUGAUGCAUAUAAAAUUGGCCUUCCUGAUUCAUUUUCUGCUUUUGCUCUUGCUUUGGCUUCUAUAAUUGAUAGUGCUGAAAAGUAUCGCCGUGGUUGUUAGUAACAUGUGAUUUUGCAGCUCAUAAACACAUGAAUAUAUGUAGAUGCAAUGUAGAUACUUGUAUUUGUGUUUUAUAAUGUUUACUUUAGACACCAUGUACAUUGUUGCUUGGAUUUGUGAGAACAAAAACGAGCAUGGUUGGAAGCAUGGCUUGCAGACCACACUUCUGCAGCAUGCGAAACCUGAUGCUUCUCAUCAUCGUUCCACAAUGAAAAUGACAAAGAAUCACAGCCUUGGAAUACAGGUCAGUGCUCUUCACAGCUCAGUGUAGUAGUCUUUCAUUUGAGGAUAGGAAUAGCCAUAUUGACACUGCUGGAGCUGCUUGUUAUGCUCAUGACUGCUCCCCUCUUCUGCAGCGCAAGCUAAUGGUGGACUCUGCGGUGAUGAGACUAUGAAAGACAACGCACUCGAUAGUUGAGUUCUGAGCCUCAUUGUUGUUGCAGAAACUUCAUCCAACUCGGAUUGCAGCUGGAAAACACGCUUUUGUAGAGACGCGAUCAGGGCGACGCAGCCGUAGACGGGCUGCUGAAGCCUUGCUGUGGCCUCAUAGACCAAGCUGGCAGCAGCAUCUCCUCUAUCAGUGACAGGAACAUCCUGCUGAAUCAAACAGAUACAGAUAAGAAACAUUGUGGCUAUAGCUGUACUCGCAAGAAAAUAGCAGAAGUGAUUACUUGCAGCAUUUUACUGAUGUUACUGGCACCAAAGACGCGGUGAACGGCCAUGAAUUUUUCCGGCUCGGCCGCAGGGAAAUAGGGGAGGAAGAGGCAGUCCUCGGUGCAGCGUCGCCGGAGAUGCUUGCAUGCUGCACAAGGCAUGGUGCUUUUGCUGUUAGACUCCAUUGCACAAAUAGGAAGAGAGUUGAUAUUUUCGUUUUCUUACUGUGUGCAUGUGUAUUUGAGAGAUUUACGGCAUGGAGAGGAAAGGCCUUGCUAUAUAGUAUAGUGUGGUAAGAAAGAAGAAGCUGGAAGCUUAAUCAUUGGAGAAAAUCCAAGUUUGAUAACAUGCUUGAUUUCAUUGGC